AUCCUGUUUUUGUUACAAAGAUUGAAGAAGCCGUAACUAAUAUUUUUGAAGACUUGUCUCCAAAAUAUCUUGAUGCUUCAGCAAUGACAGGAGUAGCUUUUGCUGAGUUUCUUGAGAGAUGUGUUACACAAAUAAAUAACCCAGAGAACACCAUGUUAUCGAUUCCAAGUGCAUAUAAAGCUACUAUUGAUUACGCUGCUCAAAAGGCACACGAAAUUUGUAUUGAACGUUAUAAUGAAAAGAUGAACCAAAUGAUGAACCAACUGAAUAUUGAUGGAUCUCCAAUUCCUUGGGAAAAGUUUGAAAAUACUCAUAGCGACGCGUUUGAAUCUGCGCAUAACGAUUUCAUUAAACAAAUCCUUGGAAGCGCUGAUCAAAUCCAGUCUUUUCGAGAAAAAUUUUGUGAUAAGAUUACUGCUUUAAAAGAUAAAUUUUAUAAAGAAAACUCUGCUGCCUUAAUCAAAUAUCAUGAAGAAUGGGCUCAUCAACUUUGGGAAGAACAUGAUACGGAUGAAUUUGAAGAAGCAAUUAAUUUGUUUGAACAAAUUUAUGGAACUAUAGUUAAACCAGGGCAGGAAGCUGUACAAGUGCUGAACGGAUUUAAAGCCAACCAAUACGAAUAUUCCAUUAGGCUUUUGAAAAAUUAUAAUGCUUUGCGUGAGGAACGUGCAAAUGAAAUGUUAGAACGUCAACAAAUUGAACGGCAACAAUGUGAUCUUUUACAAGAAGAAAUAAAGUUACGAACAGAAAUAAUUAAUAUUAAGGCUGAAAAUGAAAAAAUUCAGAAACAACUUGAAGAAAAAAUAAAGACUAUAGAAAAAGGUAUUCUCGAUCAGGAACAGAGGGAACAAGCGUUCGAGAAUUUAAAUAAUGAGAAUAAUCGAAUGCUUAAACAAUUAGACGAUUAUAAUCGUAUGCUUAAUAAAGUCAAUGAAGAAAACCAGUUGAAAGUAAAUAGUUUGCAAAACCAACUCACUAAAAAUAAUCGAAAGAAAUCGGAUAUUUUAAGUGUAGUGAGAGACCUAGGUGUUGCUCUUGCACCGCUUAUAUUCACCACCAUUUUUAAUUAG